ACUAUGUUUGAUUUGAGUAAUGUUCUGGACAGGCAGUAAGAAAAAUAUUUUCCGGGAGUCCCGAGAUAGAUUUAUUUUGAAAUCACACCGGAAACAACAUAAGCGCCUUGAGCGAGGCUGAGAAGAGUUUGGGACACGCGCUGUAAUAACAAAAGUUACCAAGUGAUUGAGAAGGGAAACUUUAUUUUUGAAAAAGUAACCUAUUUUCUUUCGGGGCUACUCGUUGGUCGGUACAAUGGGUGGUUUCGCCUGGACCUGAAUGUGGUAACGUCUUUGUCGUUUUUCUCAACGUUUGUUGGCAGAAAGUCCGAUACGUUUGUUUUUGUGGUUUGGCUUUGACGCAGAAAUCACUGCAAGUUACUUUUAGCCUGAACUUGGUUACGUUUUUUUGGCUGAAACUGGAUGACCUAAGCCGCCUUCCGUGAGAGGGACGACAUUCCUAGACCCACGCAAUGGGACACAAAGAAAAGCAAACCGUCCGACUGGUAGUAUGGAUCUCUGACUACUAAUGACGCCUAUUUCACGAUUCAAAUGCAUUGAAAUUCGAUUCUAUAAUGGUGCUGGAACUGUAAGAGCCGAACGGACUUCGUCGCCCAGCAAAGCAAGAAAUGGAGAAGGAAGGAGCAAAGCAAAGCUAGAAACUAGCACUCCUUUUUGCCUCAAACAACGAGUGGUUCCCAAGAACACACGAUUCGACCGAAUAACUUGACGUGCAGUGAGUUCAGUGAUUUAAAGAUGAAUCUGCUGCACACAGUGUUGUUGUUGCUCAGCAGUAGCUCUGGGGUACUUUCGUUGGAUUGCAAAAUAACCGACGAGCGGUCCAAAUCGCCAGGAAGAAGUCUCUCAGCUGACGUAAAGGUGGUCUGCAGCAACAUGGACAUUCACCAGCUAUUACCCCUGGAAUUCUUCCCCAACCGAACAGUCACGCUAAUAUUAACCAACAAUAAGAUUCAAGAACUCAAAAAUGGCUCCUUCUAUGGUCUGUUACAGUUGGAAAAAUUGGAUUUGAAGAGUAACUUGAUCAGCCGUAUUGAACCUGGAUCCUUCCUGGGACUGCCAGCACUCAAAAGACUUGACUUGUCCAACAACAGCAUCGGCUGUCUUAACACAGACGUCUUCCAGGGCCUGAGAAACCUCCUCAGACUUAACCUUUCAGGGAAUAUGUUUUCCUCCCUGUCUCAGGGAACCUUUGAGAGUCUGAUUUCGCUGAAGUCUCUUGAGUUCCAAACUCCUUCCCUGCUGUGUGACUGUAACCUUGUGUGGCUAGUGCAAUGGAUCAAGGACCGACGCAUUGCAGUCAAGAACACCAAGUGCUCGUACCCUCAGUCUCUUCAAGGCAAACUCAUCCCCUCCCUUAGGCUGGAGCUCCUCACAUGUGACACCCCUCUGGAGCUACCCUCCUUUCAGCUGACUCCAUCUCAGCGCCAGGUUGUCUUCAAGGGAGACAGCCUGCCUUUUCAGUGUCAGGCCUCCUUUGUUGCCAAGGACAUGCAGGUGUUAUGGUAUCAGAAUGGCCGCAUGGUGAGGAAUGACGCUUCCCUGGGGAUCAUCAUUGAGAAACGGAUUGUUCAGAAUUGCUCCCUCAUUGCCAGUGCGUUGACCAUAUCCAACAUCCAGCCUGGUUUCACCGGGAACUGGGAGUGUCAGGUGCAGACAAGCAGGGGGAACACCACAAGAAUGGUCCACAUCAUGGUGCUGGAGAGUUCUGCAAGAUACUGUGCUCCUGAACAUGUCUCCAACAACAAGGGUGACUUCCGGUGGCCUCGUACUUUGGCAGGCAUCAGAGCCUACCUACCCUGCAACAGAUUGCAAAUAGGUGCCGGCACAUACUCUGGCAACGCUGCUGAUGAGCAGCGUGCCUGGCGCUACUGCAGUCACGAGGGACUCUGGACAGAGGACAAUUAUACGAACUGCCAGUUUCAGAAAGAUGUCACUCGAUUUCUCUACGUAAUCAACCAGAUGCUGUUGAACGAGAGCAACGUGGUGCCCAGAGCCCGUCGUCUGUUGGUCUAUACCAUUGAUGCUGCCAACUUUUCAGACAAAAUGGACAUUGUCUUUGUUGCUGAGAUGAUUGAGAAGUUUACCAAGUUUGUGGAUAAGAUCAAAGAUUUAGGUGAGGUGGUGGUGAGCAUUGCCAGUAAUUUGAUGCUGGCUGAUGACAGGUUGCUUUGGAUUGCUCAACGGGAAUCCAUGGCCUGCUCCCGCGUCAGAGCAUGCCUCCAGAAGAUAGCUGUCGGCCGUCUGACCACAGCACAGGUCUUCUCUCUGUCAUCUCCCAAUAUCGCUCUGGAGGCGCAUGCUGUACGUGCCAACGAAUGGAACGGAAUGACAUGCAUGUUAUUCCAGAGGCCCAGUCCAGAGCGUACACCUGGUCAGGACCGCCAGCUUACCUUCAAAUGCAACACCACCACCACCUUCUCUAACGUUCUGCACAAGAGCACCAUCGUGGAGGCUUCACUGCAGCUCCCUCAGACCCUCAUUAGCCAGCAUCCACUUCCUGUCCAGGCUGACAUCUCUGUUUAUAAGAUGUUUUUCCUUGGCUUUAGAAACGGAAAGUUAUUUCCCUCAACAGCAAACUCCUCUCAUCUGACUGAUGGCGGAAAGAGGUGGAGUGUGGCUACCCCCGUCAUCAUGGCCAAGAUAGAUGGAAUGUCAUUGCAAUGCCUCUAUAGCCCUGUGAAUGUCACCCUUCGGCGGAUGGCUCGUGGCCCUGAUGCUUUGCCAGCCUGCUGGAAUUACAGCCUGAGUAAAGGCCAAGGAGGGUGGCAAAGUGAUUGCUGUAGCAUCCUGGCUCAUCAUGAGAACUUCACCACCAUCUCCUGCAACUCACUGAGCAACUAUGGUCUGCUCAUGGACCUAAGUGGUGUAGAAUACACCUCUUUGAGUAUCCAGCCACUGCAUCCAGUCAUCUAUGCCACAUCUGUAAUCCUCCUCCUUUGUCUGCUGACCAUCAUCAUCAGCUACAUCUACCACCACCGGACAGUCCAAGUCAGCCGCAAGUGUUGGCACAUGCUGGUCAACCUCUGCCUCCACAUAGUACUGACUUGUGGAGUGUUUGUUGGUGGCAUCAAUCAAGCACACAACACAAGUGUCUGUCAGGCAGUCGGAAUUGUGCUACACUACUCCACCUUGGCCACAGUGUUGUGGGUGGGGGUCACUGCACGGAACAUCUACAAACAAGUGACACGUAAAUCCAAAAGUUACGAAGAGCUAGAGGAACCUCUGCCCCCCCCUCGGCCCAUGUUAAGAUUCUACUUGAUUGGGGAUGGAAUACCCAUCAUCGUCUGUGGCAUCACUGCAGCUGCCAACAUAAAGAAUUACGGCAGCCGUGCCCAAGCACCAUACUGCUGGAUGGCGUGGGAGCCCAGUAUAGGAGCUUUCUAUGGACCAAUGAGUUUCAUCAUCUUUGUCAAUGCCAUGUAUUUCCUGAGCACCCUCCUUCAGCUACGACGACACCCUGAACGGCAGUAUGAGUUCAAGGAGUUCAUGGAGGAGCAGCCGCACCUGCCGUUAGCAAAUUGUGAAGGUGGCCCUGAAGGUCCAUUAAGCCACUGCCAGCCCUUUAAUCCCCUUCUUAAUUCACAUACAACUGCGUGCCCCCUUUCAGUGCCUCCGUUGGCCUUGGAGAAUGAGCAUACUUUUGCUGCCCAGCUGUUGGGUGCUGCUGGAGCUCUUGGUCUGUACGCAGCCCUGUGGCUGUUUGGAGCCAUGUCCAUUUCGCAGGAAAACCCCCUGAACUUAGCAUUCACAUGUCUGUUUGGUGUUGCAGCACUGGCCCUUGCUGCCUUUAUGGUGGCACAUCACUGUGUCAACAGGCAGGACAUGAGGCGCUACUGGUCACAGGCUUUCUGCACUGGAAGGCACUCUGGCCAAGAAGAGGUGCUUUUCCCACAUUCAGUUGUGGCACUGGCGUUCAACACUGGGUCCACUAACAAUGCUGCUGCAGAGUCUAUGAAAUUUGGACCCAGCAGUGCUGAUUCCUCCCACACAAACAAAAGUGCCCUCAGCAUGCGGAACUCUGCCCAAGGAUCUAAGUUGAACAACCUGCAGACCGAAGCUGCUCAGUGCAAGUCUGUAUCCCCACCUGUAUUGAUCAAUGGUGCUUCUGUUCUGGAGAACAGCCUGACAGAGCACUCAAUGGACAAUGAAAUUAAAAUGCAUGUGUCACCCGUGGAGGAUCAGUUACGUCCCAUCAACAUCACAACCACAAUGCCCAGUCACAACAGUAGACACCACAAGAACCGAGUGCGGGCUAACCGGGCUAGUCGACUGACUGUGCUUCGGGAGUAUGCCUAUGACUUACCCACCAGUUUGGAAGGCAGCAUUCAAAGUGUGCCUCAAAGACGCAACCACCACUAUGAUGUAGCGGCUCGCAACUGCCGCCGUGCUGCUUAUAUGGCCUACCGAGAACAACACCAGAGCCAUUUGCUACAUGACAGCAGUGAUAGUGCAAGCAUGCCACGGCGCACCCGCGCUGCAGCUAAAGUAGGCAGUACUGUUGUCAAUGGGAUGGUGGUGACUCAAACGUUGCUGCCACCUGCUGAGUCAGGCUCUGCUAAAGACUCUGGUCAUUUGAACCCCUGUAAUUUAGAACUGCAGACACUGCAGAAGUCCUAUGGGCUGAAUUUGGUGUCCCAGAACCGCAGUGCAAGGAAGAAAAGUGAAACGGUGGCACAUUCAGAGUGCAGCAGUGACGUCAAAUCCGGUUUGUGGAAACAUGAAACUACUGUGUAGUGUAAAAAAAUCUGGCAUAAAGACCACUGACCCAACUGUGAACUUGUUUAUUUGUACAGAUUUUGGAAAGAAUUGUUUGAACAUUUGUCCAUUUGUCUAUCAAUUUGUAGAUUCUGUACAUUUUAAGAUGUGGAAUACUUUUACUAUGACUUUUGUUUAUGAGGGUGCCCUGUUUACUUCUGUGUUGUGGAUUUCCUUGUUAGUCUAGACUGCAAUAAACUCAAAAGGUUUUCUCUCUGAAUUAUUAGUAUACCUGUUAUUAUUCAUUACUACCUUUAAAUACUGUACAUAUAGGAAACUCAAGGAUUAUAUUGGUUGUUCUUGAGAUUGAUUCAGUGUUGUUUUAUUAGAUUGUCAAGAAACUUACGUUUGCUAGUAGUAGGAAAAAAGAAAAAAACUGUUCUCUUUCAAAUCUAGCCUUGUUCUGCCCCCGAUUUAUUAUCAGA